CAAAGUUGAAAAGUUAAAAGAAAAAAAAGCUCAAAGUGAAAAAAAAAAAAAAAAAACACAUUUAAGGGCAAACUCACUAGGAAGUUGAACUAAAACCUUAGAUUUUGUCUUGUCGGGAGGCACCAGUUUUGAAAGCGGCUAUGGCGAAGACGCCGAUAGGACUAGAACCAGUGGUGGGAUCGCUAGCAUCAUCAAAGAAGAGAGAAUACCGAGUCACAAACCGACUCCAAGAAGGCAAACGUCCCCUCUACGCCGUCGUUUUCAACUUCAUUGACUCCCGUUACUUCAACGUUUUUGCUACCGUCGGCGGUAACCGGGUGACGGUUUACCAAUGCCUUGAAGGCGGUGUUAUAGCUGUUUUACAGUCUUAUGUAGAUGAAGAUAAGGAUGAGUCUUUCUACACUGUAAGUUGGGCAUGCAAUGUUGACGGUACCCCAUUUGUGGUUGCCGGAGGUAUUAAUGGCAUAAUCCGGGUAAUUGAUGCAAGUAAUGAGAAAAUACACAAGAGUUUUGUUGGCCAUGGUGACUCUAUAAAUGAAAUCAGGACUCAGCCAUUGAAACCAUCACUUAUAGUGUCUGCAAGUAAAGAUGAAUCAGUUCGGUUGUGGAAUGUUCAUAGUGGAAUAUGCAUUCUGAUAUUUGCUGGAGCUGGGGGUCACCGCAAUGAAGUUUUGAGUGUGGAUUUCCAUCCUUCUGACAUUCAUCGAAUUGCAAGCUGUGGCAUGGAUAACACUGUUAAGAUUUGGUCAAUGAAAGAGUUCUGGACUUAUGUUGAGAAAUCGUUCACUUGGACGGAUCUUCCUUCAAAAUUCCCCACAAAAUAUGUCCAAUUCCCUGUGUUCUUAGCUUCAGUUCAUUCAAACUAUGUGGACUGUAAUCGGUGGCUUGGUGAUUUCAUUCUGUCUAAGAGUGUUGACAAUGAAAUUGUUCUAUGGGAACCAAAGAUGAAGGAGCAAUCUCCCGGAGAGGGUACAGCUGACAUCCUUCAAAAGUACCCUGUCCCUGAGUGUGAUAUUUGGUUCAUCAAAUUUUCUUGCGACUUUCAUUACAAUGCUGCUGCUAUAGGAAAUAGAGAAGGAAAGAUUUUUGUGUGGGAACUGCAAAGCAGCCCUCCUGUUCUCAUUGCCAGGCUAUCUCAUGCACAGUCAAAGUCUCCAAUCAGACAGACUGCCAUGUCCUUUGAUGGAAGUACCAUUCUCAGUUGCUGCGAGGAUGGGACAAUAUGGCGCUGGGAUGCUGUUCCAACCAACUAGUCAUUUCGAGUAGGUGUGCCAGACGAAUGUUAUGGAAGCUUUUCUCUUUUCAGUUCCUGCUGGUUGUAAUUGAGUGGUAUAUUACAUAGCAAACAACCACUUUUAACAUGAUGAACUGCUUGUCCUAUCUUUCCUAGAAGUGCUAACUUCAAAAUAUUAAAAUCAGUACAGCUGAAAUCAUGAUAAUGUUAGCCCUUCUCAUGUCUCUCUUCAUAAUAGAAAUAUAGUCUGUCCUCUCAGUAAGUUCAUAAAAAUGUUUAUUAAACCUCUAAAAAAUGCAGACAAAAAUGCAGACAGUUGUUAUUGAA